AUGGCUUCCUCUCAGACAUUUGAAUCCUGUUCUGAGAACAAGAUUCCUGUAGCUGAUGAAACCUAUCAACCGACCGAACAUGUGCAACGAGCUCAAUGGCUUCGAGCAGCCAUUCUGGGAGCUAAUGAUGGGCUGCUUUCGACCACAUCCCUAAUGCUUGGUGUAGGUGCAGCAAAGGAUGAUAGAUGGUCCAUGAUCCUGUCUGGACUAGCUGGAGCACUUGCAGGUGCCUGUAGCAUGGCUGUUGGUGAGUUCGUUUCUGUUUCAACACAAAGAGAUAUUGAACAGGCAACUGCUGCUUGCUGCACUUCAAAAACUGACACAGGAAUGCAACAUGAUCACGUCAAGAAUCUUGAUAUGAUUUCCAGUCCCACUACAGUUAAGGCAAGCAAGCUAAGAGAGACAAACUUAGGCAUGUUAGAUACCCCGACUCCUACAAGGACUGCACCAUGCAGGAACCUGACCUGCAGUGAGCCAACAGAAAAAAUACCACCUCCGGUUAUAAUUCUUGAGCCAAAGUUGCCCCAAGUCUUAUCUCACGGAAGGUCUUCUAUAAUAAAAGUGAUAACCAAAGAUUUAAGUACUAAAGCAGUAGAAUCGGUGCAAAAUCACAUGGAAAAAGCUCUUCCUAACCCGUAUAAGGCCGCCGCCGCAUCAACUUUGGCAUUUUUAUGUGGGUCAGUUGUACCUCUGGCAACCGCUGUUUUUAUUGCAGAAAACAUUAUUCGGAUUGUGGUGAUUGCAGUGGUUACGUCUAUAGCUCUUGCUCUCUUCGGGUGUUUUGGAGCUCAUCUUGGUGGCUUACCAGUUAGGGUAUCAGCAGCUAGAGUUCUGGUUGGAGGGUGGAUUGCGAUGGCAAUUACUUACGGUUUGCUUAAGCCCUUCGAUACAGAUCAUGAGAGCAGAGACACUGAUUAA